UUUGAAGCAUAUACCUCAAAAUAGAGAAGAAGAAGAAGAAGAAAAAAAAUAUAUUUUCUGCUACUCUUAUCUAUUAAAGUGAUAAUUAUUUUCGUUGCGUUAGUUUGUUUCUGAAGAAAGUUUUUUAGGAAGUUCAUGAAGCAUGCCGUCGAAGAAGAAAGGAAAAGGCAAAGGAAGAGGGCAGGACACAAGAGAGACGGAAGCUGUUCAACCACAAACAAGUGCUCAAGAAGCUCAACCUAGGCCAAUAGGAGGCAGGGGAAGAGGACAAGAUACAAGAGAGGGUCUAGGAGCUCAAGCUUUUCCACCAAGGCCAAUAGGUAGAGGAAGAAGUAGUCCUCCAUCACCCUCUGAUUUCCCACAACUUGGAAUAACUGUACCACCAUCAGCUGCAAGACCUACUUUUGAGACUCCACCAAGAAGACCGGCUGGAAGAGGAAGAAGUAAUCCUCCUUCACCUUCUGAAGUCCCACAACUUGGAACAGUUAAACCAUCAUCAGCUGUAAGACCUGCAUACGAGGCCCCAACAAAACCCCCUACUGGAAAAGUUGGAGAAAGCUUUGAAAAAACAUCAGUAGUAGAAUCUAGUGCAGCUAAAGAACUGGGAACAGAGACCCUUGAACAAAUUGCAGGGUUAACUUUAAAGCAAAAACCAAGAGAAACUCCAAGGAAACAAUUCUCAGUCAUUCCAAGACCUGGAUUGGGUACAUUAGGACGUAAAAUUACCCUUGUGGCUAACUAUUUCAUGUUGAAUUUUAAAGAUGUCUGUGUGUAUCACUACGACAUUGAUAUCUUAGAGGUUGGCAAGGACAAGAAAGCAGGACAGAGUCUUCUGUCUGAGGGCAAAACAGUAAAAGAAGAUUUAGAGAGAAAAGUCGGCCAUGUUGAGCAUCAACAGAAGCGAAACAUUGGUAAGGCAAAGUGCCGUGAAAUAAUUUCAAAUUUGAUUAAGAUAAAAAAGUUGGAGAAAUUUCACCCCGUGUAUGAUGGUCAAAAGAACAUCUUUACCAGCCAACCUCUACCUAUAAAAGGAAAAACGCAAUCAUUUGUGGAAUAUGAACUUGAAGGUAAAUUGAAGAUCUAUGGUGUCGUUAUUAAACCUGUUCAGAAAGAGGAUGGGUCUAAUGUUAUAAGUCUAGAACCCUUGAAGGAAUUAUACAGCAAGCGAUCUAAAGAAAUACCGUAUGAAGUUUUGCUGGUUUAUGAUACGGUGAUGAAUCAUCGUGAUCCUCCACUCACACAAGUGCAGUUGCGAAGUAGUUUUUUUUCUUUGGACCAGGCUGGGCAAAUGCCAUUGGGUGGUGGGUUAGAAAUAUGGUUUGGUUAUAAUCAAAGUGUACGUCUGGCUGAAAGAGGUCCGGUAGUUAUCAUCAAUUUAGCUGCAAAAGUAUUUCAUCAAGCUGGGUCUGUCAUCCAUUAUGUCUCUGACAUUUUAAAGUGUGAUUUAACAAAAAUUCCCAGAAUGGAAAAUUGGCAAAUCUCCGAAGUGGAAAAGAACUUGAAGACUGUAAGAGUGCAGGUUACUCACCAAAAGCAUCCUCGUAGAUAUAAAGUGAGAGGAGUAACCAAACUCUCGGCAAAAGAACUUACAUUUGAGACGGAGAACAAACGACAGAUAUCUGUUGCACAGUACUUCUGGGACAAGUAUCAAGUGAGAUUGAAGUAUCCAAAUUUACCUUGUCUUCACAUGCAGACUAAUAAUCCAAAUACUUAUAUACCAAUGGAAUUAUGUCAAGUUGUUGAAGGCCAAGCUAAGCUGGGAAAAUUGAGCGGUGAAAUAACUUCGAAAAUGAUAAGAAGUACAGCAAUUCCUCCUCUGAAACGUUUCGAGUCGAUAGCUAAAGAUGCGAAGAAAAUUAAUGAUGUAGGUAAACAAAACAUGAAUGCGUUCGGCCUUUUCAUGGACGUAACAUUAAUGAAAGUUAAUGGUAGAGUUCUUACUGCUCCUGUACUUUCUUAUGCUGGAGAUCAUCCCAGCAGUCAAGUUAAGCCCAAUGAAAAAGGAGUUUGGAGGAUCGAAGAUGCUCACAAAUUUUAUAGAGUCAAAAGAAUUGACAAGUGGGUGUUGAUAAGUUUUGCUAGUGAUAAAUUUUGUGGAAUGGAUAAACUAAAGAGAUUUUGUGAAAUGCUAGUUUCAUCAUGCAGGAAGCAUGGUAUGAGUUUUGGGCCACCAGCUGAUGUUAAGAUAUUUGACAGAAGAACAAAAACUGAACAAGCAGUUCUUUAUGCAAAAGAAAAAGGAGCAGAAUUUGCUAUUUUUGUUCUGUCGAAAAGAGAUAACUUCCAUUUCUACGAGGAAGUGAAGUUUUUUUCCGAUUUCCGAUACAACUUGGUUACGCAGUGUAUGGAUGAGACAACUCUCAAUCGCAUCAAUCCACAAAUAACUACAAACGUUUCAUUGAAAAUUAAUGUCAAGUUGGGUGGAAUCAAUCAUAUCAUUGUACAAAGGCCCCAGGUAUUUAGAAGACCUGUAAUUGUUUUUGGAGCCGAUGCGAUCCAUUGGGCACGUGGUUACGGGUAUCCUUCAAUAGCAUCUGUUGUGGGAAGUCUUGAUCCUACAGCUUCCAGAUAUGCACUAACAUGCUCACUACAGGAUCAGAGAGAGGUGAGACGUUCUCAAGAAAUCAUAGUCAAGUUGAAGGACAUUGUGAAGGGCAUUCUAAAUAUCUUUGAAAGUGUUAACAUGGGCAGGAAGCCUGAAAAGAUAAUUUUUUAUCGAGAUGGAAUCAGCGAAGGACAGUUUGAAGCUGCUCUGGAAGAGGAGGUAAGCAGCAUCCAAACGGCUUGCAAAGAAUUGUAUAACGGUGUAGUCUUGCCCAUUACGUACAUAGUUGUGCAAAAGAAACACCAAACAAGAUUUCGCCCCAAUGACCCAAGGGAAGGUGUUGGCAAUUGUGGAAAUGUGCCCCCUGGCACCACAGUUGAUACUGGUGUCACACAUCCUGUUUUCUUUGAUUUCUUUAUUUGUUCUCAUGAAGGUAUACAAGGGACGAGCAAGCCUGCUCACUACAAUGUCCUGCAUGAUGACAACAGGCUGACUGCAGAUGAACUUCAGCAGCUGUCGUACUUUCUUUGUCAUACCUAUGUACGAUGCACGAGAAGUGUAUCUUUGCCUGCCCCCAUUCUGUAUGCAGAUUUGGCCGCCUCUAGAGCCAAACGAUAUGCUGAUUUAUUUGUGAAUUCUGAUUCUAGUAGCAGUAGCGAUUGCGUUAGCCGUCCUCUACCGGCCCAUGUUACAGAGGCAAUCGAGUCCAUGAAGAGCUUUGAGAACAAUAUGUUUUAUGUUUGAUAAGGUUUUACUUGCUUGACAUAUGGAACUAUUUAAACAUUUUUGUUUCAAGUACAUUCUGUUGUCCAUAUCUUAAUUUCUGACAAAUUAUUUAUUCAAGACUUAAAAUUUAUUAGGGAUUUUUUUGUUUUUUGUUUUAUAUCUGUUUUGUUCGAAGAGAGGCGUGCAACUAAAAUAUGUU